GUGAUGUGUUUCCGGGUUGGGGCGGUGCUGGUCGCACGUGAGCGGCGGGGAGCGAUGCCGGCCCCGGAGAGCAGGUCAGUUUUCGAGGCCGCCCAGGACCCGGCCCUGCUGCGUGGGCUCACCCUCGUCACCGGAACUGCCGCGGAGGCGUGGGCCGCCGAGCCGGCACCGGCGAGCCACGAGAAACCCGCGGCCGCCAGCAGCAAGGAGAAGGCCCGGGGCGUCCCCGAGGUGAUGGGCUGCUCGACCUGCGGGCAAGUGUUCGGCAGCCGGGAGGAGCAGACUGAGCACUACCAUCUCGACUGGCACCGCUUCAACCUGAAGCAGCGUCUCCUCGGGCGCCGGGCGCUGCCAGUUGAAGUGUUUGAGGAGAAGAGCCGUGCAGGUGACGUUUCCAGCAUCUCAGGGUCCGAUUCGGAGAGCUCCGAUGCAAGCAGCGAGUCGGAGUUGCUGCCCUCUGCCAGUGACAGCUACGGGACCCCCCCAGUCCUCCGCUCCCACAAGGUGCUGCUCCGCAAUGCAAAGGGCCAGCUCAUCUCUGCCUACCGCUGCGUGCUGGCCACCGGGAAGGGUGACAGUGAGGAGCCAGCGGAGCUGACGGCGUCGCUGCAGAGCCUCAGUGCGAGCACGUGCUGGGUUGUGCUGAUGAUGGGCGGCGGGCACUUCGCAGGAGCUGUGUUCCGGGGCCCCCAGGUGCAGGAGCACAAGACCUUCCACUACUACACGGUGCGAGCACGGCGGGGCACAGCCCAGGGUCUACGGGACGCCCAGACUCCGGGGUCAGCACCCAGGUCGGCCGGAGCCUCCCUGCGGCGUUACAACGAGGCGGCGCUGCUCAAGGAUGUUCAGGACCUGCUGGCAGCCUGGGCCCAGCACCUGGAGGAAGCUCAGCGCAUCUUUCUCCGAGCCCCGCGCCACAACCGUGUGCUGCUCUUUGGAGGCAGGAACCCACCUCUCACCCAGGGCGACCCUCGCAUCUGCCACAUCCCCCUCAGCACCCGCAGGGCCACCCUGCGAGAGGUGCUGCGAGUCCAUGCCACGCUGGCCAGCCUGCAGGUGUAUGGGAAGGACACGCCACUGGAGGACAUCAUUGGGUUGCCCCGGAAGGGCUGGCAGAAGAGGCGGCGGAAAGCAGAGGUGGAUCCCCCACAGGAGGACACAAGUGCCCCAGAGGAGAAGGAGGAAGAGGAGGAGGAAAGCCCUGCAGGGGAACUGGAGACUGUGGAAGUGACCCUGGGGACCUUGGACCUCCGGGAGUUUGAAGUGAUGCCCAAGCGAAACCGCAGAAGGAAGAAGAGGGACAAGAAGGUGGAGAAAGGGCCCCGUGCCAAAGAGGCGGGAUGCCCUGGUACCCAGUGUGGGCAGCCUGGCCUGGAGCUGGUGACAGAGCUGCAGGGGGAGGCUGGGACUGAGCCCCUUCCCUGGGACAAUGGAGGAGACCCUCAGACCCAGCUCCGCGAUGCCCUGUUCACCGCCUGCAAAACGGGGGAUGUGGGGACGCUGCGGCACCUCCUGGUUGUGCCAGAGAACGGGGCCCUGCGGGUGGACAGUGAGGGUGGGGAGGACACACAGCCCCUGGAUAUGCCCCGCUCCCUGCUCAACCAGCCCAUGGAUGAGCGUGGCAGCACCCUGCUUCACGUGGCAGCACGGGCAGGGAAGGCCGAGGCUGUCUGCCUGCUGCUGGAGGCAGGGGUGGACCCUGCCCUCAGAGACAGGCAGGACAGGACCCCCUACUGUGUCUCUGCUGACAAACCGACCCGCAAUGCCUUCCGCAAGUUCAUGGUGGACCAUCCAGACAAGUACGACUACAGCCGUGCCAAGGUGCCAGGGCCCCUGACACAGGAGAUGGAGGCCAAGAAACUGGAGAAGAAGCGGGCACAGAAAGCCCAACGGAAGCAGCGGGAGCAGGCGCAGCGGGAGGAGCGGCAGCACCGGGAGCAGGAGCAGGAGGAGAAGCAGCGGUUCGCGGCCCUGUCCGACAGGGAGAAGGUGGGGCCGUGCGUGGGGAGGGGGGCCAGCCCGGCCGGGGCAGUGCCGGUGCGGUGGGCUCAGCAGCUCCCAGGGGGUGCUGAGCUGUGUCUGUGCUCCCCAGCGGGCGCUGGCUGCCGAGCGGAGGCUGGCUGCGCAGCGGCAGGACGCCGGCACAGCUCCUGCCAACAUCAGCCGCUGCUGGUAUUGUGGAGAGUCCUUGCUGGGCCGGGUCCCUUUCCAUUACCUCGACUUCUCCUUCUGCUCCACGGCCUGCCUGCAAACCCACCGCCGGGCCCGGGCUGGUCACACAUAGGGCUGGGGACUGCCCCCACCCGCCGGGGACCAGCGUGGCGGAGACACGGCUGAGCACUGGCUGCGCAGCGAGGGAGAGCCUGUGGAGCAGCGCUGGUCAGAGGGACGGAGCUGGCCAUGCCCCUCUCCAGGGCAACUCAGGCAAGGCUGGGGGCAUGAAUUGACAUUGGUCUCUGGCUGGUGACCCUCAGGACAUUACAACUGAGAGGUGCCUGGGCGCUAGUGUGAGCUGCCAGGGCUGUUUUGUGGCCUGGCUGCAGGCAGGGGUCCUUGUGCCAGUUUUUCUCAUGGGUACAUUCUAGGCUGUUGCCCGCGGCAGAUCCUGACCCUGCAGCUCUGAACUACCUGUGGACACCUAGACUGUGCUUUGCCCUUUCCUUCUCUGGAUGCUACCAGCAUCUCAGCUGUAUCAUGUUAGCAACUACCUCCUCUGCCUGCAUUGUUAAUAAAGAGGUGCCUUGACCCCCUAGGCGUGGGGGGAAUCAGCAA